UUCUUAUUUAUUUGUAUUUUUCUGAUUACGAAAACGCCAUGUGAUAAGAGGUGGAUUUCUGGGACUCUGACAGAUAUUAAAAGGAGGAACCGACAGUCGAGAGUCAGUCAGAGAUACUGGGUGGAAAUGAAGCUGUUUUACCUUCUUUGUCUUGCAGUUCCGUUGUUGGAGGCGGCACAGUUGUGUCAGCCAGACUCACGCGGCGUCAGACGCUUCAACGGCAAGCCGUGCGCCAGCACCACGCGCUAUGUUGACGGCCACAAAGGUGCCUGUGGCUGUGGACAAAAAGGAUCAGACACACCUUUUCCCUGGAAUAUCCAGAAACACGUGACAGCCCCAUCAGAAAGAUACUUCGACGGCGGCGGUAGCAGUCUGUGGUGCGGAAGAAAUUGUGGAAAAUGUGUCAAACUGACCCCGACAGGUGGUUUUGUGCCUGGUAAGGGCAACGCACCUCCAAACCACAACCCCGUCGUUUUCCAGGUGACCAACGCCUGCCCUAUUAACGGCAACGAGGAGUGGUGUGGUAUUAGUGGCGCCCCAGGAACAGGUCAUGUGAACAGCCAUGGAUACGAAGUCCACUUUGACCUGCAGGACCAGGUUGGUCAGGUCGAGGCGCUUCACUGGGACAAUCCAGAGGUGACGUGGGAAGAGACCUCGUGUCCUGGCGACCUGCAGUCAAAUUAUCAACAAUGUGAAUGCCACAAUUCGGGCUAAACACGACACGCAAUAGCAGAACUGGAAAAAUGAUUACAUUUCCAUGGUUAUUGCGAGUAAUUUCCGGAUUUGGAAUAAAACUUCAAUGAAUAAUAAAGUUCAUACACAUAAAUAUAAA